AGUAGAAGAAGUUGAAGGCGGUAGUUGUGAUUGGUAAUGUCGUUGCCGAGUUGCAUUUAUGUAAACAAAAGUUGUCAAAAGAAUGAAAACCUGAAAUGUAAAGAUUACAGCUUGAAAAGAUGAAGAACAAAAGGGCAAAAUCUACCAAGGUUGGAGGUAAAAUAAAGAAAGUUGUCAGUGAUGUGUCCCCUUCCACGAGUAUUCCUCCUCUUGUAGAGGGUCAUGUGCGAUGUUUCCUAAGAGUCACAUUAAGCAGAGUGCUGUGGACUGUAGCCAGGCCUCCACCUCGCACCCUGGUCAGAUUACGCUGGUGGGGCGAGACGACCGGCGGCACCGUCUUCUGUCCCAGAGAUGGAUCUCUAGAUAGAGAGAAAGAUGUGAAAUCCACUGCCAGAUUUCCAGUGCGAUGUGGCCCAAAGCAGUUUACUUCAUAUUUAACAGAUAUGGGCUCACUGGUGCUGGAUGUUCUUACAAAGCCUGAUCACUUACCCAUCGCACGGGUUCAAAUACCUGGGAUUGCUAAAUUGUCCCUUUCUCAUUCUAUUAAUGGAUCUUUUACACUUGUGUCACCAGUGUCUGAAAAGCUUGGCGAGCUACAGGCCACACUUGCUUUAGAGCCACUGACAGAAACUUACGACAGCAGCAGCUCAGUACCAACUGUAGACUUGAGUAUUGACACAGCACUUUCUGCUCCAAGACUCAUCUCUGACCAAAACAUGCUGCUGCCAUCUUCAUCACAGUUUGGUCCAAAAAUCAGUGGAAAUGAGUCAGAUCCUGGAGGCAGUUCCAGGGAGACCCCAAUAGGAAAGGACCACUUGUACUUUCAAGACAGGGGAAAACCACAUUCUGUUAGAUCCAGUGCUGAAGUUGGAGCUUCAGUAAAUAGAAAUUUACAGGAGAAAAAUGAUGAACCCGAUGCCCACAUUCCCUCAGCAUCAGUGGACCUGCUUUCUGUUCUUCUUGAGCGUGGUAGCAAGCUUAGAAAUGCCAUGGUGGUGUCUGCAUUGCAGUCUGAUAUCAACUCUGACAUGGGUCUAAAGGACACUCCCCUCCACCUACAGACAGAUAACACUGGAGCUUUACUGCCCUCGGUUCCAUCGUCAGUGCAGGUGAUGCAGGAUCUUCUCCACUCAGACAUUCAGCACUCAGCUCAGGACCCUGAACUCCUCAUCCGUGGUACGCAUGACACAACUGUGGAGCAGCUUCUGGGGAGUGUUAAUGGAUCCGUGCUUGCCUUAUGGGAUGGAGAAGGUUCUCUUCCAGACACUCUCUCCGGCUGCAGCAGCGUACUUAUGGACAGUGAACUCAGUGAUCCCCAAUAUGACCAGAGUCUACUGGAGAACCUGUUCUACAAGGCUUCAAUGACUGAUGGCUGUUUAGAUGCAGGAGAUGAUGAGCAUGAGCCGCAAAAGAGCUUGGAAGAAAAUAACAGGCUAGAUUUGGGUGUCAUGCCACUUAGGGGACACAAGAAUUCCUUCCAUGGGCUGAGUGUGGAUAGGAUUUCACUUCUGGGAAGCAUCAGUUUAGCUAGAGUUACAGUUAUUCAGUUAUCAGUCCCCACAGACAAUACCUCUAAUAUACCAAGGAAGCAAUCAGGAAAAGGAAGACCACCUCUACCUCUCACUACUAGGAAAUGCUCAUAUUUUGUUGAAUAUCACUUUCCCUUACCAUCUGCUAUUAAUGCUGCUGGGAAAUCAGUUCCUGAAGAGGUCACACGUGUUGUCUCCAAUAAAGUUGUGGGUGGAGUGGUGAAAUUUCAGCAUCGGAGUGUCUUUCCAGUGCGCUUGAGUGGACCCACUAUCAAACAAUGGUGGGACGCAGACCUUAACUUUACAAUCUACUUGAGAAGGAGUCAUCAAAAGAAACCUGUUCCAAUAGGGACGGCUGUAUUCCCCGUACGCACUUUGCUUCAGAGCGAUCGGCUGAGUAUCACCACAUCACUUCCUGUCCAAAGACUUGAGAGCGAUUACACAAAUCAGGACAUUGGGCCUCUGAAGGUCUCAUUUGAACUAGCUGCAAGCAAGAAGGAGUUCACUUCCAAAAGCAGGUCAGGGAACAUGGCAGCAUGUGCAGGCACAUCUCCAUUGAACACAGACAUCUCUCUUGGACAACCGGAUGAUGGAGACACUACUGAUUUUCCACAUGUUAGUAACAGUGCUCAGAAGACAGACAGAAGAGAGACACCUCCAAUAGCAGUUCGUUCAUCCCCGAACAUCAUAAUGCCUGAGGCCAGGUCUGUUUCACCACAGGGAGCCCAAAACGUUCCUCGUAAAUCUGCUCAACUCACAGAGGAGGAAGACAGAGAUAUUUUGUUCCACACGCUGCUCAUGGUGCCAGAUGGAAAAGAUUUCCAUUGUGCACCUUUGCAGCCCAAUGUCUAUUUAAACUGUAAGCUCUUUGGAUCUGAAGAGACGAUUCGGUCUAUGGUCAGUUGGGGUCAGACACACCCAACAUUCAGCUUGAUUCAAGUGGCACCGGUACCUCUCACUUCCAAACUAUUGGAGAGGAUGAGGAAUAAUGUGAUGAUCAUAGAGGUCUGGCUCAGAGCUAGUUCUGCACAUAAUGAUAAACUCCUCGGACUGGUCAAACUACCUCUACACCAGUUUUAUAUGUCAUUCAGAGACCCCAAAAUUUGCCAGAUGCUUCUGCAGGCACAGUAUCCAGUGGUGGCAGUAGACAGCUAUAUGCCUGUAGUGGACAUUUUCAGUGGUGGAACACGCGGGAGUCUGAGGGUGUUUUUAGCCAUGGGCACGUCCCAGCAGAUCACCGCUCUGCAGCGCCUGAGAGACGAGGAACUGACCUCCGUGUCUCAGCUGCCCAGACCAGUCCACUUACUAGAUCACCGACCCAUGGAAGAUGUAAAGGCAAACACUCCUUCCUCUGCCCGGGCUAUGCAUGAGCAUGUGUUUCUGGUACGGAUUGAGAGAGUAAAGGGGUUAACUCCACUGCAGUCCACUAUCUGGGGAGAAGCAGAUUGUUAUAUCCAGUACUCAUUCCCCAGUCAGGAGGAGGCGUGGCUGGACAUCGAUCCACAUAUUGUGGAAAGCUAUGUAAGUCUGAAGUCAUUUCGUACUGCUACUACACUCUGCAUGCCUGAUCCUGUUUUUGGCCACUGUGAGACACAUGAGCUAGUGACCCCUCCUGGAGUUCCAGUGCAGAGGCUGUUGCUCAGCUCUCUGGCCAGUCAGGGUUUCAGCAAUGGAGGAGGAAUCCAGUUUGAAGUCUGGUGCAGGUAUUAUUACCCAAACGUGCGUGAGCAGCUGGUAGCCGGAGGACUGCUGCCCAUGGCCAAGCUGUGUGCCAUGGUGACGAUGCAGAGGCAAGGUGAAAAGGAAGCACAGCUCUUCUGCCUCCCACUUGUGCCAAAGUCUGACAAGCCAGCUGAUGUCCAGACACAGCCCUCAGGUCUACUUGAAGUGAGUGUUCAGUACAAGGCCCGGCCGGUGAGGAGAAAUAGUUUAAAGGAAGGCAUUGUUCCCUCCCGCAUGGUGACUGUGGUCAUGCAGGUGCACAGGGCCACUGGCCUGCAGGCCGCAGCACGGGCCAUGGGAUUGCAGUACUACUCGGAGGUGGGAGUUAACUCGUUCGUCACGCUGCAGCUCUCAUUUCUGCCAGAGAAAGAGCUCCGGAGGACUCGUAUAGCAGCCAGGAGUUUCUGCCCGGAAUUUGAGCACCACACUGAGUUUUGCUGUCAGCUGCUUGUGCAGAGGGACAGUGGAGAGAGUGUGAGUCUAGCUGAGGUGCUGCAGGAAUCUGUGGCCAUUUUCACAGUUUAUAACCGAGAUGGACACAAAGCAAUGAAUGCAUCAGGGUCUGCAGAUAGCGUUCUGGGAUCAGUGAAAAUUCGACUAGCUGAACUCCUUCAUAAAAGAACAGGUAUUUCUGGUUGGUAUGGUCUCUCCCUCCCUCCAAGUGUGCCUUUACAUCACGACCUAACCUCAGUCGGAGGACUCGAGCUCUCUAUAAACUUCAGCCACCGAACAGACCGGGAGCGUGUCCUCAGUUCGGCACGGAUGCUAGGGUGGGAAAUCGAGAGAGACAGUGAAGAAGAUUGGGAUGAUGAAGAGAACGGAGACACUCCUUCAAAAAGAAUGUGCACAAUGACAUUUUCUAUUCUUUUGCCCAGAGUCUGGCUUCCUGUGCCUUGUCUGCUGCUCCCAGGUCACACAGAACUCCAGAGAUCUACUUAUUGUUACUAUAGAUACAAACUGUAUAAUCAGGAGGCUUUCUGUUCUGAGCUGAGGCAUCCAGCUCUGGAAGAUGGUAAAGAGGAUGAAGGCAUGGCUACAGUGGCAUUCACAGGCACCCAGGUUGUAGAGCUCAGAGUGGGCCAGCCACUUCUCUGGUACCUGAGGGAGGAGAAACUAGAAGUGCAGCUGUGGGUAUCCUUCAGUAAGGAGAAGCGGAUGCGGCCUCACAAGUUGGAUCGCCUGGUGGGGUCUGCUUUUGUGGAUCUUUCAACCCUUGCAAAAACUUCAGAGCACAAGCAGACAAUAAGCGGUACAGUAAGAUUUUUAUUAGGGGUGUAUCCUCUGUUUAAGCCUUCUGCUGCUGAUCUGGGUGGAGCCGCUCUGAGAGUCCACAUCACUGUGACCGCAGCGUCUGUUCCACACACACCCCUGGUUCAACCACUCACAGAGGUGGAGGUGCAGCUGAGCAGUUCAGGAGAGGAAGAGGAGGAUAAAGGACCAUCACCUACACAGUCUCCCACUCCAGACAGUCCGUCCAGACAGUGUUGUGCAUCUAACAGACAAAAAACUAAAUCAGGGCUAAGCUCAAGUGUGAUCACUAGUGAGAACACCUUCACUGCAACUGUCAGUGUAGAACGAGCCAUGCACCUUAGUUUGAAAGGUUGCCCCUUAGCUGAGCAGAAAAACAGCCUCCCCAGCUGCUGGGUGUCUUAUGUUACAGCUGAUGAACCUGCUACAGUGAGCACAGCAGUACAGGGUAGUGAGUGUCCCGUGUGGGAUCAUCAACAGGAAUGCAGGCUUUCAAAAGAGCUACUUUUAGAUCCACAGCAGUCUCUGGUGUUCAAAGUCUGGCACAAAGGAGAAAUAGAGCGUGUGAUAGGCUUCGCCUCAGUGGACCUGUCCCCGCUUCUGUCUGGCUUUCAGUCUGUGUGUGGCUGGUACAACAUUACAGACUUAAGCGGGCAAUGCCAGGGUCAGAUCAAAGUGUCUGUGUCUCCUCUAAAAGGUGUGCAGGAGCUCCGUGCCCAGAGACAGACCAUGCAUGAGAACACUGCCACAGAAUCCAGCCCUCUGUUCAGUGCCAUGCCACUGUGUUAUCAGACCACCGCUGUGUACAGCAGCUUCCCCAGUCACAUUAGCCGCUUCUCUGAGCAGAGGAUCAGCACUCCUGAACAGACAGAACGACUGCUUUUCACAAGGUCUAGCCAGGCUGAUCAUCAUGAUGAACACAUGGACAAGGUUCGCCAGUUCCAUAAGAAUCUGCAGGAGAAGGAGAGUGUCAUGCUGAGUAACUGUGCUGGAGAUCCCUCUAGUUCAGCGCUCUUCUCAGCCCUCAGGAAAAACCUCAGUGAGCUGGAUGAUAUCCGAAAGUACUUUAGCCGCAAGUUGUCUACGCCUGUGUUCUCUGUACUGGGUCAAAACUCUGUGGACAAGGAACCACACAGGGGUUCAGAACCAGAUACUCAACAAUUACUGCUCAAGUCCAACCAACUGGUGGGAGAAGUUAAUGAAAUCAUUAAAAAUAUAAGUGAACAUCAAACCAAAAAAUCAUCCUCAAACACACCUACCACCCAAGCUGAAUCUGAAGUGUGUGUUUUUUCAAGCGUGGGACGUUCAGAGAACCGUGAAAUAGAGAAUUUUUAUAAUAAAGCCCCAGAAGCAAAAAUAGAGGACAUCUCACCACUCAUGUCUGUUACUUCAGAAGAACCUGAUCCUAGGGAUGAGGAACUCCACCACAGUGUUCUCUCCUCUGAGGAUGAGAAUAAAGAGGAGGAUGAGGUGGAGGAAAAUGAUUACGAAGAGUUUGAAGAGACGUUGAUAGAACCUCAACCUCUCAACGAGGUUACUUCAGCCACGGACAGGACAAGUCCCUGGACUACCGUGCUGUCUGAUCCUGAACUUGGCUCUUUAGAGAGUCUUGAGGCAACAGAGCAGCCUGUAGACCUCAUACACCAAAACGGGAGAGAAACUUCAAUGUCUCCACCAGUUACUAUCUCUGAACUACAGAGAAGUGCUAGUGAUUCAGAUCUUUCUGCUGAGACAGAAUCGUCUGAGAAUACAGGAGAUGUUUGUGUGGAACAUGGAGAUGAUGAGGUGGUUUUUAACAAUGAUUCCAAGCAAGACACCGUUCAGAUAACAGAACAUGAACAACAUGACCGCACAUCAGAUACAGAAGAUUCAGACUCACUGUUAUCUUCUAACUCUGGAUCUAGCACAAAGGCAAACAGUGAAAGUGAAAAGGUUGAAAGUAACGUGAAACUCUGUGAUGCUGUAGAGAUUCCAAACUUCUUUCUUCCAUCUCAUCACUUGGAGGCGUCUAUGAGAGCUCUACGUUUGGCUCCUGUUUUUCCCUCAGCCGCUGCUGAUCCUGCUUCUUCAAAAUCUGAGUUUACGUAUCGAGUGACUCGGCCAAGACCCAGCGUUCCUCCAUCAUCAGCGAAGAGAGAAGAAACAAAACGAAUCGCAAAAAUCUUUGCUUCACAUUUUACACAAUGAAAUUUUGUCGAUUUUUUGUUUUUUUUCUUCUACUAAUAUCUUUCUGUAUAAUAAUUGUAUGAUUUUAUUUAUAUACUAUUUUAAUUAUGUGAAUGAGAUCAAAUAAUGUGAUGA